GCGCUCCCGUGGUCGUUGGGCCCACGCCGCCGCCUCCGUCCAGUUCGCUCGGACUCAGCGCCGUGUGUCUGUCCGUGGCCUCCCGCAGUCCUCCCGGCCGAACCGCCUGCCCUUCCUCGCCAUGCCGGCGGACCUCAGCAAGUGGAACGGGCCACUGAGCCUGCAGGAGGUGGAGGAGCAGCCCCAGCACCCACUGAGGGUCGUCUACGCCGGGCUGGAGGUGGACGAGCUGGGCAAAGUGCUGACGCCGACCCAGGUUCAGAACAGACCCACCAGCAUUACAUGGGAUGGUCUCGAUCCAGAUAAACUCUACACCUUGGUCCUGACAGACCCGGAUGCUCCCAGCAGGCAGUCUCCCAAAUACAGGGAAUGGCACCAUUUUCUGGUGGUCAACAUGAAGGGCAACGACAUCAGCAGUGGUACUGUCCUCUCUGAUUAUGUGGGCUCCGGGCCUCCCAGUGGCACAGGCCUCCACCGCUAUGUCUGGCUGGUGUACGAGCAGGACAAGCCGCUGAAGUGUGACGAGCCCAUUCUCAGCAAUCGCUCUGGAGACAACCGUGGCAAGUUCAAGGUGUCGGCCUUCCGCAAGAAGUACAAACUGGGGCCCCCUGUGGCCGGCACGUGCUACCAGGCUGAGUGGGAUGACUAUGUGCCCAAACUGUACGAGCAGCUGUCUGGGAAGUAGGGGAAGCUCCGCGAGGCAGUGGCCCUGGCCCUGGGUAGUGUUCUCUAGUGAAGUGACACAUGGAGGGCUCCUCCCACUCCCUGGGCACAGGGCAGGGCUGUGCUUUAGGUGGUCAGGGAGACUUCUGUUGCCUGUUCUUUACGAUUUUAGAUAGUCACAUCCCAGUUUAUGCUUUGAUCUAAUUUGAACUUCUUGUUGGGGGAUAUUUUGGUACUGCGAGGGGGUCAAUGCAUUGUUAGUCAAAGAAUAGCAACCCAGGUAAAAAUACUACAGGAACCAAGUGUCAGUUAAUCUUUAAGGAAAGUUUGAAAAAGCAGAUGAUUUGCUGCCUUUACCUUUGUGACUCUGAGUCCAGAUUGUGAACGAUGACACCUCUGAGAUGUGUCUUUACAGUGCUGUCUCUGGCAAAACAGAGGCUGGCGUCUCAGCUGCACCCCAGCACGGACUCAGGUACCGCAGGAGGUGUGAGCACCCUGCUCCAGCUCCUUCAAAGAACAAAGCUGGAUAAAGCAAGAGGGGGAGGGUGGCUUGCUGCUGCCACUGAGGCCUAGCCCUCUAGAAGGGUGGCGGUGCUGGGCCCCAGCUGUUGGGGGGUCCUGAAAUCUGAGGCGAUCACAUGUCUCUGGUUAUGAGCGAUCUGGAGUUGCUUAAUGUUGUGUUAAUUCUGCUGUUCGCUUAUUGUUGAAUAAAAAUAAAAGCAUGGGAUGAUCCAGA